UAUUAAAUAACGGAGUAUAUAUUUUUUGGACACGUUUAUCAAUGCCCAUUUUUAAUUGUAGAUUUACAUAUAUUAGUAAAAUUUGUAAAACUUGAUAUUUCUAAAGUACUAAUUAAGACCACAAGUCAAGACAUGAUUUUUUUUUUCUUAUUUGCUGAAUUUGGUUUUGGAUUUGGUUUUGUAGGGGAAGGGAACGGGGAGUUUUGGUAAGAGGAGGAACAAGACUCACACUUUAUGUGUGAGGUGUGGCCGUCGCAGUUUUCAUCUUCAGAAGAGUCGUUACUCUGGUUGUGGAUUUCCUGCUGCUCGCAAGAGGAAGUUUGAGAAUCAUCCAAGUUUUGGAACAAAUUGAUGAGUAUCAAUCACAUUUGAGAAUUAUCCAAAUUUCAGGACAAAUUGAUGAGUAUUUGAGUGAAUUGUUUGGGAGGCAGGACUGUGGAAAAGUGACAAUUAUGUAUGACAUUUGGGAAUUAGUGCUUUAAUGUUCUCCGGAGUUGUUGAUUGCACCGAUAGUGUUGUCACCGGAAUGCGGAACUAUUGUCCGGGUUGGUUUGAGAUGGUUUGUUAUGAUAACUGGAGUAUGAAGGCAAUCAGGAGAAAGACAACAGGAACUGGUAGGAUGAGGUACCUUCGUAAUGUCCCCAGGAGAUUUAAGACUGGUUUCAGAGAAGGUACGCAAGCAGCCCCAAGGAAGCAAGUUGCUGCUGCCUCAUAAUUUUGGUGUGUUUGAGAUUUUAUUGGGUUGACAUUUGUCUAUGGUGGUGUUUUUAGAUUAUAGUUCAAGCGUGGGAUGGCCGUGUUUGCAUUUUUGUCGGAGAUUUGCAGAAUUUGUAUUGGUAAUGAGAUGUUAUUAAUUCUGGGAAGUUUUCAGUUGCAUUUAGCUAAAUGACAUCAUAUUCCAUUCCAAAGUUUCAAUCUCAGUUUAGUGAUAGUUUUUAGGAUUGGAUCUAUCUUUUGCUUUAGAGAUUUGUGAUUGUAAGAUCCAUUUGUCUUCUACUCGUAUAUAUAUAAGUUCAAUUUUAUCAAUGUGUUUAGCAUGCGAAGGAAAAACAUGAGCAUUCGAAGCCAAGUUCUUACAUGAGCUUUAGCUUCUUUUUUUUUUUUUCUAAAAAUAUUUGUAAUCAUGCUGAAUAAUUUCUGCCUUACAGAUAUGAGAGUAAGAAUGCGGGUUUAAUUUGCCUGUGAAAUAAUGAAUGCCGAUUUUGUACUCUUAUCAUUUCCCCGUUCAUUUGGAGCUGUUUCUGUUAGAAGGACCAUUAAACUGGGACAAAUUAGUCCCGGAGAGAGGGAAUUGUAAUUUUUCUAGAAGUAAAGACAAGAUGACUUGA